AUGGUUACUAUUGACAUGGCAUUUAUGAUUAUCUUCAUCAUUCAGACUGGAGUUGGGGGCCUUGGAAACUCUCUCCUCCUGGGCCAUUACAUCUUUACGUAUCUCAAUGGACACAGGCUGAAGCCUAUAGAUUUGCUCAUCAGUCACUUAGCCUUUGUCAAUACUGCAGUCCUCUUCUUCAAAGGGAUCCCCCAAGCAAUGGCUGCUUUUGGGGUCAGCAAUUUCCUGGAUGAUACUGGAUGUAAACUUGUCAUUUACCUUCACAGAGUGGCCAGAAGUCUUUCUCUAUUUACCACCUCCUUCCUGAGUGGCUUCCAAGUCAUCACCAUCAAUUCUAGGAGCGCCACAUGUGUAAAUUUCAAAGCUAGAAUGCCAAAGUUCAUUGUCCCCUCCUGUUUCUUGUUCUGGGCAUUCAGUCUACUAACCCAUGGCACUAUCCUUCUUUAUAUUAGAGGUCCGAGGGAUUCUAGAAAUUCCACCAAGAGAAAUGUAUAUAUUUAUUGUUCUUCAUUUUAUACUUCCGGUAAUAUAUCAGUAUUUACAGUCAUAACUUCCCUUCUUGACAUGGUACAUGUGGGAAUCAUGGUCUGGACCAGUGGCUUCAUGGUGCUUAUCUUGUACAGACACCACCAGCAAACCCAUUACAUUCAUCAGAACAAUUUCACACCUGGGGGUGCUCCUGAGACCAGAGCUAUCCAAACCAUACUUCUGUUGGUCAGUAUGUUUGUCUUUUUUUACAUGAUAAACUCUGUCAUGUCAGGGUAUAUGAACUUUUUUAAGCCAAGCCCCUGGUUUGUGCAUACCUCUGCCUUCCUGGCUGCUUGUUACUCAGCUUGUAGCCCCUUUGUCUUUAUCAUGAGUGAUUCCCAAGUUCUCAGGUACUGUGUAACUUUCUGGCAGAGAAUAAAAGCUCCUAUCUUAACACUGGCCUUGGGAUAA